AUGCCGCCUAAGAGAAGAAAACUUUUUGGACGGCGCACGGCUGCUGCCUCCGCUACAAGAGCAGCAAGGGCAACUGAAACCACAGAGCAAACUUCGUUGCGCCUUUCUCAGAUAGCCUCACGCCCUGCUGCCCGCAUCUCCACAGAAAGUACCGCUGAACGGACUGAAAGGCUGGCCUCAGUAGCAUCCGUUAUGUCAUCACGACGCGCUAGACUUUCAACUGAAGAGCGUUUAGUACAGAAUUCACAGGACACAAUACGCGUUUCUAGGGCCAGGGCUUCCGUGGCUACGGCACCUUCCAGAGUUUCGGAACGACCUCAACAAACCGCUAUUCGUCGUUUAAGAAAUGCCAGCGCUACUGCGUCUGUCAGAGCUUUAGAAAGUCCAGUGCAGACCGCUAAUCGUCGUUUGAGGAAUUCCAGAUCUAUUGCAUCUGCCAGAGCUUCAGAAAGCCUUAGGGUACGGAGAACAACAAUGGCCAAAUCGCAAGGACAGACGCUCAGCGUCGCCGGUCUGCAUUUAGGUGAGCAGUGUUUCGCCCAUGGACAGCUUUACGUAGGCUGUUCCCGAGUCGGGAGUAAGAAAAUCGUUUACUCUCCAACAAACAAAGCUAAAAAUAUUACCUACGCGGAGGUCCUAUAG